AAAUAUAAUUAAUCAAAAUAUCGGCAGAGCGAUGUUAACAACGAGUUUAAGUCUGAUUUAAGUUUAGUUAGCUAGAUAGCGAAUCGGAUUUGUUCCCACCGUGGUAGCUAGCUAACGCAAUGGGGUGACCCUAAGCCGUUUCUAGGCGUGAUACUAGCAAACAGGCUUGCAACUGAAAGCUAACAGCUGGCACUGAUUUUUAUUACCAGUUCAGCUCUGGUUUAUGUCGAAUUUGUGUGUAGAUAAGAGUGUAGCCUACAUUCUCAGAAUAGUAGCAUCAGAUACAUAUCAGUGUUUUUCUCGGUACAAUCUUACUAGUUUACCAGUUAAAAUCUUCUAAAAUCUGCUUCUGUUCCAAACUUCCGCCGUCGAGUUUGAAGUGAAAAGCUAAGCCAAUCAAAUGCCUCUUAAAUGACAUGGAGCGUCGCUCUAUUUUCUCCUGCUGGAAACGUGUGUUCAGUAGUAUUUAACUUCCUGCUAUAGUUGGCUAAAACUCUUAAGUAAAUGCAACUUGAAGUUUCGCAAGACUGCGUUUAAAUUAAGUAAUUUUAGUAUGUGACAUUCUUUGGACAACUUAACUAGAUAGCAAGGCUACUCUGCUUCUAUGACCUUUGCCAUUAAAGAAACCUGGAACAGCUUGCCUAUAACUCACGACCCAAUAAAAAUAACGUUUUCUCCGGGAGAUGGCGGGCUGCUAAUGGAAGUGUCUGGCCCAUUCUUCAACGAUCCACAAGCUCCAACCGGACCUCCCGGCCAGCCAUUCCCAGGACUAUGGGACUAUGAAGUUGUAGAAUCCUUCUUCUUGAACAGCGCCACAGAAAAGUAUCUCGAAGUGGAAGUUUGUCCUCAUGGUCAGCACUUGGUAUUAUUACUUUCUGGGAGAGGAAAUGCUUUUCAGCAAAUGCUGCCUUUGUCAUUCCAAGCUUCUAUAAAUGGAAAUGGAUGGACUGGCACAGCACUUCUUCCCUGGAGUUAUUUCCCUCCAGGGGUUAACAAAAUGAACUCCUACGCCAUUCACCGCUCAGAAGAACGAAGGACUUAUGAGGCUCUGUAUCCAAUACCAAGAAAUGAAGUUGCAGAUGGCCAAAAACCAAACUUCCAUCUUCUGGAGUACUUCCAAGAUUUCAAACUCCAAGGAAUCAUGGGAGGAGAUUGGGUGCAGCCAGGAUCAGACCUUUGGGAGAACGUGCUGAUCAGUAAAAAAGCUGAGUGAAUGGCCCAAGGCACUUAAAGGGAACAAAGAAUAAUUAGAGCUGCAGUUCUGUAUUGCUUUAAGACUUGUAACACAAAACAUAAUUUGGUGAUCAAAGCUGGUUUAAUAUAGACUGGAUUUCAAUUCACUGGAGUCCAAAUGUUGUUUAUUUAACUCAGGUAUUAAAGCUGAUCUGGCAGGAACAAGAAAACAAACAUGCUUACUAGACUAUUUUAAAAAGCACAUUAUGGAAAGUUGUCUUUGAAUUACAUACUUAUUUGUAGAAAACAUAUUUUAUUCAUAAAUUUGUAAAUUUGCUCUGGACUGUUUUGACAGACUUGACUUGCACUUUUUUUUCAGCUCAUGUAUUUCUUUGAAAAUUAAAGUCCCCAUCUGUAACAA